AUGGGAACAUCUAGAAAACUUGGCCCUUAUGUUCGGUAUACUGAAGGACUACCGAAUGAGGGUAAGUUUCUCGGCUUCAUGAUCAGUCAGAGAGGGAUCGAAGCAAAUCCCGAGAAAAUCAAGGCCAUAAUUGACAUGGAGAAGCCAAAAACGCAGAAGGACAUUCAGAGCCUUACUGGACGUAUCGCUACCUUAACACAUUUCAUUUCCAAGGCUACCGAUAAAUGCGUACCGUUCUUUGGAGCCUUGAAAGGGGGAAACAGCAUAUCGCAUGGAUUGCCGAAUGCGACAAGGCAUUUCAAGACCUAA